ACCUAAUUCUCUCAAACCUUCAUUCACAGCUUCUCCUUCACGCUUUCUCAUUUGACAACCCUAAUUCUUUUGAUGCCGCUGCAAUUCCUCUUGCCUUUAACCUCACGUUGUAACGGUGGAACAUUAAGAACCUGCAAAUGCUUCGUAUCUUUGGAUCCCAAAACCAUCGAUUUGUCUCAACCAAGUCUUUUUCAUGUUUGCUAGAUGUUUUUCAAAUCACAGGCAAAGGCACUCCAAUUAGGCAGGUCUUGGGUAAGAGCAAGAUGAUAAUAGGCUGCUAGAAGGAAUUCCCAGAAUGUUGAAGGGUGAAGUUGCAGUGUUAAAAAUGAAGCCUGAAUUGCACUAUGGCGAGGAUGACUGUCCAGUUUCUGUUUCAGAUAGCUUUCCAAAGGAUGCUGAACUUAAUUUUGAGAUUGAGCUCAUCGAGUUUUCUAAAAUCAUGGCUGUAACUGAAGAUUUGGGAAUCUUGAAGAAGGUUAUAAAUGAGGCACAAAGUUGGGAAAAUCCAAGAGAUCUUUAUGAAGUAAAAGCCAGACAAUGGCUGAUUUCAGAGUUUCAGCCAAGGCGGGGGACGGACAACCACUUCAAUUACCUACGACUGGCGAACCAAUCAUGUUCACAUUUGGAAAAUCCGAGGUACCUAAAGGUCUUCAAAUGGGUAUCGGAACAAUGUCACGGGGAGAGAAAGCAGUGAUUUAUGUAACAAGUCAGUACUUAAGUCAAAGCCCUCUGAUACCUUUGUAGAAGGUAUCGAAGAAGUUCACUUUGAAGUGGACCUUAUCCAUUUUAUUCAGGUACGGGAUGUACAUGGAGAUGGCCGUCUAAUAAAACGCCGCAUACGAGACGGCAAAGGUAUCGACACUUUAAUGGUUGUUUGUUUUUUAAUCAUUAGAGGAAAAGGAAAGCCCAGCGAUCAAGCACCCCCGCCCCAAAAGCGGAGACCGGAGAACUGCCAGGUUGUCGAGGAAUAAAAUAGUUCGAGUGCUAGCUUAAUGCCCGAUAAGCUGAAGAUUCAAGAAUUAAUGCGGAAUCAAAUGCAUCAAAUGGUGAGGAUAAAAUCAAGCUAGAGCAAGCUACCACAAAAGCACAGCUGCACAGGCUGCUUUCAGGGGCUAUUUGGUAAUAUUAUUGAGCUUGAUUUAUUUUUUUUUUCAAUGGAAUAUGCUGAAUGUUUAGGGUUUGUUUAAGUUGUUAACUUUAUGUUAUUAUUAAAAUUGGUCAGCAAUUCAUAAUACACUGAGCGAUAAUAUAACGUAGCUCUUAAGUUGCA